UCUCAGGACACAGAGGUUCUGAACACGGCCAUCCUAACGGGUCAGCGUGUGUCUGUGCCGGUGAAACUGGUGACAGUGGAACAGGAUGGAACCGUGAGAGAGGUCGACGACAUGGUGGGAUGUGCCUCCACUGACGAAGACGUGGUGAAGGUGUCCCCCGGCUGUGACUCGGUGCUGGUGAAUGGCAAGGAGAUGAGAGGGCGCCAGUCCCUGAUGGUGAACUUCACCUACAUGUACCUGAGCACGCAGCUGGAGCUGACGGUCUGGGUGCCGCGCCUUCCCCUGCAGAUCGAGCUCUCCGACACCGAGCUCAGCCAGGUCAAAGGAUGGAGGGUGCCCAUCCUCACCAACAAGAGGCCAACCCGUGACAGUGACGAUGACGAGGACGAUGAGAAGAAGGGGCGGGGCUGCACGCUGCAGUACCAGUAUGCGCUGGUGCGGGUCAUGACCCACUUCGUGGCCGAGGCCACAGACCCGCGCGGGGAGAUGGUCUACAUGCUGGGCCCGGACUGGCAGGCCGACAUCACCGAGCUGGUGCAGGACUACCUGAAGGUAGAGGACCCACGUGUGGCACGGCUCAUCGACGGCAGGGUCAUCAUGGGCAGGGACCUGGGCAUCACCAACAUACAGCUAAUCUCUCCGCUCUCAGACUCCAUCUUGGCUGAGAAGACCGUGACGGUGCUGGACGAUAAGGUGACCAUCACAGACCUGGGCGUGCAGAUGGUGGCCUCGCUCGGCCUGUCCCUGACUCCCAGCCCGCUGGAGAGCAGAGCCAUCUACGUCACCACCACCGCACAGGACCUGCUGCACACACCCAAACAGGAAGCCAUCAUCAGUGCCUGGAUCCAGUACAGCGACAGCUCCGUGACCCCACUAAACAUCUACGACCCGCGCGACUACACCCUGAACGCCAUCUCCAUGGACGAGAACGUGGUCUCCACCUACCAAGAGUCCCCCCAGAAGUGGCCCAUCGUUCAGGCAGAGGGCGAGGGGCAGGGGGCCCUGGUCAAGGUCGAGAUGGUCAUCUCCGAGACGUGCCAGAAGUCCAAGCGCAAGAGCGUCCUGGCGAUGGGCGUGGGCAAUGUACGGGUGAAGUUCGGGCAGAACGAUGUGGAUCAGAGAGGUGGUGGUGGUGGUGGCGGUGGUGGAGGAGGCAGGCCCGACGAGUCCGAGGGAGGCCUGGAGAACAGCACCGGGGAGCAGAGGCAGAAGGGCCUGAACGAAGUGGAGGGUAAAUCCGGGUCAGAGUUCACCAAGGGUGCCGCGGCAGACCGCGAGGACGGCAUAACACGGAAGGCGAGCCCCACCACGAGCAAGACCACCGUCACCAAAAAGUCCGGCGGCUCCAAGCAAGGCGGCGCAGGCAGCAGCAGCGGUGGUGGUAGCAGUAGUGGCCAGGCGCCUGGGGACUACACCAGCUUCCCUGCCCAGGUGGAGCUACCAGGAGAUGGGGAGAGCGACCUGACCCAAAGCCCCCGAGGCCUGUCGGACUUGGAGAUCGGCAUGUACGCCCUUCUGGGCGUCUUCUGCCUUGCCAUCCUCGUCUUCCUCAUCAACUGCGUCAGUUUUGCCUUCAAGUACCGCCACAAGCAGCUGCCCGUGCUGGAGCAAGGCAACAUGAACCACGCCCACGACUGGGUGUGGCUGGGCAACGAAGCUGACCUCAUGGACCCCCAUCACCACCACCACCACCACCACCACCACGUCAACCACCACGGGCCCUUGCCGCACACGGAUGAGUGCACCACGGCCAUCGACCGCAGCGACAGCUGCGAGGAGAGCAAAUACCUGCUGAAUGGCAGCGGGACCCUGAAGGGCAGCAGUAGCAGCUGCAGCGGGGGCAGCAUGGGCAUGGGCUUGGGCAUGGCGGCCCACGGGCAGACCCUGCCGCGGACCCUGUCCGACCCACGCGGCCCUUGCAUGGGCAAGGACCCGUCGGGCAAGGCCGAGCCGCUGAACAACUCGCCCCGGGCGUCCAAGGGCAAACGGGUCAAGUUCACGUCCUACGCUACGGUGCUGCCUGACGAGGGGGGUCCGUACACCAACUCGAUCCUCGUGGGCAACGAAGACGACAUCAAGUGGGUGUGCCAAGACAUGGACUUGGGGCAAUCGGCGGAGUUACGAACCUACAUGGAGAGGCUACAAGACAAUCUGUGA